GGAGAAGGAUAAGAACUCAGAUAUUGGUGCUUCCAACUCUUUUCUGGCGAACCUUGAAGAACACUAAAGUAACAUAAAAAAUUGAAUUUUUUCUCUUUCCGUUUGGUAGGCAACCCCCCUUUUCCACUUUUUCUUCUUUUGCCCAACGCUGCUUCUCAAUGACCUAUAUCCCUACAGAAGCAUUACCGAAUCUGCACAAGUACAAGUACGGAAGCGUCGACAAAUCGCUGGUCUCCCGAUACAUUCUCUCCGUUUACUGGAACAACCUUGUCAAGAUCUUUCCACUAUGGGUCGCACCGAACCUUAUCACACUUCUUGGCUUGAUGUGUAUUAUUGUAAACGUAGCGACUUUAUACUAUUACUCCCCUGACUUGGGACCUUGUCCUAACUGGGUCUACACCACAUUCGGUAUCGGUCUCUUUCUUUAUCAGUCUUUGGACGCCAUCGAUGGCAAGCAAGCUCGACGAACUGGCAUGUCCGGACCGUUAGGUGAACUCUUUGAUCACGGCUGUGAUGCACUCAACACCACAUUGGGCGUCCUUACAUGGGCAUCCGCGACUUCCCUUGGCCAAAGCUGGUGGACUGUAGUAUCGCUGAUGGCAAGUCUUGGAAACUUUUAUUUAUCAACAUGGGAGGAGUAUCACACGGGUGUCUUGUUUUUGGGGUACUUUAACGGACCUACGGAAGGCGUGCUGAUGCUUGUCGGCGUGCAUUUGAUUUCCGGUUGUUUUGGUCCUGCAUUCUGGACACUGCGCGUGAGUGAAUUAUUGGGUCCUGUGUUGAGCUGGGAGGAUCAUCCGUUGACGCGGAUCGUUGGUGGACUGCAAUUGAAUCACGUGCUGAUUGUCAUUGGGGCAGUCGUUAUGGUGCUGAACAUCGUCGCUGGUCUUGUUAAUGUUAUCGCUGUCAAAAUUACCCCAACCGAAUUUUCACACCCGGACCGCUCGAUCCGAAAAGCGCUGUUCGGUCUUUUCCCGUUCAUUUACAUGGUUGCUGCUACCUACACCUGGCUGCGUCUGUGGCCUUCAAUUGUCAAUGAACACUUGGCGCUGUUCAUCCCUCUUGUGGGCCUGCUGUUCGGUCAUCAAGUCGGUCUGAUGAUUACAUCCCAUGUCGCCAAGCUGGAUUUCCCAUAUUGGAACUCGACCGUCAACGUCUUAUUGACAGCUGGUUGCGUUCUUGCCUAUUUGGAUGUAUCUUUGGAAAGCCCCUUGGCGAUUAGUCAAUCAGCAGCAUUAAAAUCGUUCCUUAUUGCUGCCGGUAUCCAAUAUGGCAGCUUUGUGAUGGGCGUCAUUAACGAAAUUUGUAAAUAUUUAAAUAUAGGAUGUUUGACCGUCAGAAAGUUGAAGCAGCCAUCCAAGAACUAAGUGUGUAUAUAUAUUACUACUACUAUCGUCUGUUAUUAUUUUCAAGAUAAAGAGAAAAAAAGACC